GAUUGUGUGAAAGAGUAAAGAAAGGAAGGAAACUAGAAAAAAGACUUUCAGUUAGUCAGUGACUUAUCAAUUCUUCUUCUUCUUUUGUGUCUGUCUAUAUCAACAACAUCAUCUAUUUAUCUUCAUAUCAGCACCAUGAAUGCCUAAUACAGAACCCCUUGAAUCUCUUGUUUAUUUGAUUGAGGACCAGACAUCAGUCCUUGCUCAGCUAGUUUAACCUGCAAACAUAAACCAUAUAUUAGAAGAAAGAAUCACUCCUUUCAUUUCAGAAAUCUCUCCAAUUCUAAAAUCAUAUAUCAUUAAAGAUGGGUCUUUCAAGCCUUCCAGCUCCAUCAGAAGGAGUACUUUGUGUAAUCCUUGUUAACACAGCUCUAUCAAUCUCAAUUUUCAAAGGCAUUAUUCGAUCAAUCCUUCACAUAGUUGGUAUUAAUACAUCAUCAUCGUCGUCGCAGUUCGAUUCCAUUGAAAAUCCAUCAGAACCAUUUGAUUUCUGUCUUACACCAUCAGGCACAUUUGUGGAAGAAUUCAGGAGCCGGACUCCAACAGUUCAAUUCGGUUCAGUUUGUAAGUCUAGACAGUAUGACCAUGAUUGCUUGGUAUGCCUUAACCAGUUUGAACCCGAAUCAGAAAUAAACCGCUUGUCUUGCGGUCAUGUUUAUCACAAGGUCUGUUUGGAGAAAUGGUUAGAUUACUGGAACAUCACUUGUCCUCUGUGCAGAACCCCGCUGAUGCCUCCAGAUGAGACUACUUCAUGCCUUUGGUAGAGUUCAUCAACAGAAUUUCGACUCAUUGGAUGGAGUGGUUUGUAACGUUACAAUGGAGUCUUUCCAGCCUUCAAGAAUGCAUGAAUAGAAGAAAGCUUCAAGUUUUGCUGCGAAAUUUGCUUUGCAGAUUGACUCUGUCAUCCUCAGGAACUUUGCAGCACAAAGCGCUGGUACAAGAUUAUGGGCACUGAGAUUGAUAGUAACUCCGUAGCAGAAUUUUGCACAGAGCUCGAAAGCUUCUUCACCACCAGGAAUAUCGUGGAGCUCAACUUCAGUUUCGUUAGAAUCGUCAGAACCUGAACAAAUUUGCCGCAGGAUACCACAUUUUGGUAGUAACUGAAUCUGCAGUAAAAUGAGUGUCAAAAAAUGGAUGCAAGUGAUUCAGAGGUAACUUAGAAGAUAAAAACUUUGAAACGAUCAUAGAUAACUGGUGAAACUUAGGUUUACCCCAGAAUUCUGAUUUUGGGAUUUGUAUAACUAGUUUAUAUGGUUUCAACAGCACAAUACCAGUAAGAUCCUAACUGCCAUGGUAGUAUUUCUUUGAGGUCUAUUGGAAAGCUGUCGAGCAUCCUCAUUUUAACAGUGGCAGUUCGAUUUUGUUUUGUUUUUUUCUGUUGUAUUUGGGUUAAAAUUCUGGCAGUCACUCUUAUCAUCAUUGA